ACUACAAUCAAAAACUUUCCAAAUAAAAUGGAUCUCAAUUCGAUUAACUUCUGGGAAACUCUAAAGAAAAAAGUGGACGAGGCUGUUACCAUUAAAAAACGCGGUUAUGACCAGAUAUUAGGUGAUCUAAAGAAGACACUGCGCUCUAACUUUCCUGACACCCCGAUAUACGCCUUCGGGUCUCGCAUUAUGGGAAUAGCAGAUGCUGACUCCGACCUGGACAUAUACGUGCACCUUGAUGGCAAUGAAACCUACACUGAAAAUCCAACCUCUAAGGUGUCUCAAAAUCAGGUGAAAAUCAUCAAUUCCAUUAAGAUGGAUUCUGGGAAUUGGAAAUUUCUUGAUUCACAUGGAGGAGUGUGCCCCAUAGUCAUAGUUCGGCACAUUGACUCGGAUAUUCAAUGCGACAUUAGCUUCUCGAAAAAAAUAACCGUUGAUCAGAAUAAUCUGAUUAACUACAUCGUUGAUUUGCAGCCUAUUGCUCGCUACAUGGUAAUUUAUCUUCGAGGCUGGGCCCAGAUAAAUGGUUUAACCAAGUUUCGUGGGUACAUCUUCAAUCUGAUGGUCAUAUUUUUCCUUCAAAUUCGUGGCAAACUGCCCAGUAUCAAGGAUCUCCAAGCUGACCUUUCGCCGAACUUUGGCCCUUGGAAAACCGAAUUUGUGAAGCUUGACUUGUCUUCCUUUAAUAUGAAGCCGGUUGCCUUGAAUGAAUCAGAAGUUCGUAAUAUUUUGAAGGAUUUCUUCAGCUACUACUCAGAAUUCAACUACGCCCAAUUGAUCGUUUGUCCCUGGCUGGGAAGGGAAAUCAAUCGCACUAUGAUUAAGGCACACAUGCCUUCGGGAAGCCAGCGCUUUCACGACCUUGUGGUGAUCUAUAACCGUGCACUGGUCAUUCAGGAAAUAGUACACCUGAAUCAAAAUAAAGCGUAUGGUAUAACUCAAAGUGAGCUGAGCAACUUUAAGGUGAAAUGUUCACAAAUGAAAAUGUCAUAAACA